AUGUCAAAAAUAAUCCCUGAGAUCACUGAAAAGUUCGAAAUUGUUCUUGCUUCGUCUUCAGCAAGAAGAUAUGAGAUAGUGCAUGAUAUAAUGGGGUUUUCGGAAACUACCAUAAUGAAGCCAUCAUUUGAAGAGGAUUUGGACAAGACACUAUAUGAAGGCAGACCAGUGGACUACGUAAUUGACACCAGCCGAGGUAAAGCAGACAGUAUUUUAGAUGACCUCAAAGACGACAAGAAGGUUAACUUAAGACCCAAAAUUGUGAUCUGCGCAGACACAAUUGUCAUUGACGAGAACGAUACGAUUCACGAGAAGCCCAAAAUUGAAGAGGUUCAAUUGCGCAAUUUGGAAGCUUUCUGCAAAAGUAAAGAUCCAGUGAGAGUUGCGACCGCUGUUAAUAUCAUCCUUUGGAGGGGUCCUGAUCAGUAUGAGAUUUCAAGCUUUCAUGAUAUAACAGAGUUAUAUUUUGAUCAUGAUUUGCCAUCAGAUAUUGUACGCGACUUUGUACGCUCUCAUAACUCACUUGAAGUUGCAGGUGGCUUCCAAGUACAAACGUUUGGUGGAUGUAUGAUCCCAAGAAUAAACGGUGACUAUUACAAUGUGGUGGGCCUACCGCUCAACAAGACAUUUAAAACGAUUUACACCUUUGCAAAAAGGACUUGA